UUAAAAUGUCUAAAAUGUCGGAAGAUUUUACUUCAUUUUUCGCUUUAGAGCGAAAACAAUUUCUUCUCACUGGUUUGUAUCCUCUUCAUGGACCUACUCCGAUCCUUUACAGCUUGAAGCGUGCGUUGGUAUUCUUCUUCUCUAUACUUUUACCAGUGAGCAUGAUUAUUAAACUUCUCAUCGGAGUGGAUUCACUAGAAGAAUUUGCCGAUAUUCUUUAUUACUUGGUCACGCAAGCAGCCUAUCUCUGCAAAUUAACCAACUUUGUUUAUGGCCCUGGUAAACUUCUUCAAAUCGAGGAACACCUUCAACAUCCCAUUUCGCAGAAAUUUUAUCAAAAAUUUGGUAGAGAUGAUCUACACAAGAUUAUUAAACAAUGUGACGCUGUGGCAGUAAUUUUUCGAUUUCUUAUUGUUGGUAUCGUGGGUUUAUACGCCAUUUUUCCAUAUUUGGAUGAUAACAAAGAUUUACCAUUUGCCGGUUGGAUUCCGGUAGAUAUCAACGUGUUGGGUUACAGAUGCUUGGUUUAUUUUUUACAAUUAAUGUGCGUGUUUGUCAGCGCUUUUACAAAUGGCAAUAUGGAUUUGUUUACAAUUUAUUUAUUAAGUAUUGGAAUUGGGAAGUUAAAAUUGAUUAAAGAGUGUUUUCGUCAUGUUGAUUAUACACUACAAACAACAGAAUCGAUUAAAAAAGCGAAUAAAAAUUCGACAGAUACAACUAACAAAGUUUUAUCACCAAAAGAUCUUGCUGAACUGUAUAGAUUUCAUGAAUAUAUUAUUAAAUACUUGCUAAUGGUGGAAGAAUUGUUUUCAUAUGGCAUUUUUAUUCAGUUUUUAGCGAGUAUUGCAGUGGUUUGCAUGACUGGUUUUCAACUUAUGAUUACACCACCACAGAGUGGACAAUUCGUAUUGUUGAUUCUUUAUAUCAACUGUAUGAUGUGUCAAGUUAUAAUGUAUUGUUGGUAUGGCAAUGAAAUUCUAUUUGAGAGUGAUGGCCUAGGUGAAUCAUGUUACAUGUCCAAUUGGUACGAAGGUUCCGUAUCAGAUAAGAAAUUUAUAUUUAUUAUGAUGGAACGCUCUAAACGACAGUUGAGAAUGACCGCAGGGAAGUUUUUUACUUUAUCCCUACCUACUUUGGUUAUGAUAUUGAAAUCUUCUUAUUCGUAUUUUGCGGUUCUGCAACGUCUUUAUACUGAUAUAUAAAUUCUACGCUUAUUUUAAAUGCAAAUUUAAACGUAGAAUAAUAUAAGAGUUACAUUAUAGUAUUAUUUAUAUUCAUUACAUGGUUUAUACAACAAGGUAAAAUACAUAAUCAAAAAAUAUUCUUUUUUAAGUAUAUAAAAUGGCACCAGAGCAAACUGUUCUCGUCGGUAGUUCUACAGGACAAAUCACUUUGUACAUAAUGGAAUUAAUUUUAGUUAGCUUCAUUUGUGAGUUUCUGUUAUACUUAGGCAACCAAUACAACUCUUAACAACUGUUAAGUUAAACUUCUAACUGCUGAAUAAAACAAUUUUAGCAUUUAUGUACAAAUCAUUUGCUGAUUUAAUUUCAUCAAGUUAUCCGAGAGUUGAACAAAUUUUGAAAGAGGACAGAAUGUGCCACAACCAGUAAUGUUCAACAAUCUAGGCUCGUUGUAGCCAUUUUGCAAUAAUACCUACAAAAUAAAGCAUUAUUAUUACUAUUUC